GUAUGGAGGAAAGACGUGAAAAGAGCUUGCAAUGUUGGCCGCAAUUGCCAACAGUCAAAUCUCCGUGUUAAGCCUGAGAAAGGUAAAGCAAUCCUGUGGUACAGCCAUGAGAUAAACGACGACACAGGAUGGUUGGGUGGCAGUGAUCCUUAUAGUGUCCAUGGUGGCUGUGAUGUGAAGAAAGGUGGAAAGUGGAUUGCAAAUAACUGGAUAUCUGUCAGUGAAAACCGCAACGACGACAUCGAGUUUUGGGUUAAAUAUUUGCACAAAUCAGGUAAGUUUAUAACAAGAAUAAUUGACUAUUCGUACGAUUUUCAAGUUAUUUGUCUGGAGAAAAUUAACCACUUGGUGGGAAUUUGGUGAGCAAUUUCACUAGAAUGUCUUGCCAAUGGUCUGAUGCUAAGACACCUCAUUAAGGCCUAUUCAGACAGACCAUAGUCAAUAGAAUAAGAAGGUUAGGGAACUCGAUGCAGAAAUAAUUGACCUCAAUAUCGAUGUUUUUGUCUGGUUUAUGCAAGAAAUGAUCGGUUCAUCGUCACGUGUAUAUUGUUUUUUCGCUCAACCAACCAAAUGCAGUAUGUUGGUUUAAUUAUCCAGUCGUGAUGUUACACAAUGGCUAAAUGAAAACAUAGCUAUUGCCUAUUGGUUGUUCUAGCGAGAAUACAAUACACAGGUGACGAUGAACCGACAAUUUUUUUCGCAAACAUGUCUGCAUCGAGUUCCCUAACCGUCUUAAUCUAUUUACUAUGUUCAGACUCUUGUUCGCGCAACACUACCCAACAAUUUCCAAAUAAUGUUAUCCUGUUUCUUUUGCAAUUAUUUGAAUGCAAAAAUUUCGAAUAUGGAUAAAUGUAAAGUAUCAAAAAGAUUUGAAAAAUAAGCAGGUAAACGUUGUUGCAUGAUAUUGGAGCAACAUAGUUGAGUGUGUUGGAAUGCGCUAUUUCACUUGACACUCCAUUUGCACUUUUAAAUUUCAGCCAUUUCGAAUGAGUGAGAUAUUGUUAAUCCUCUAGAUAAAAUUGGGUUGUAACUUGACUUCAAACACUCAUUAAUAAUUCAUAAGCUUAUUGGCAAAUCAUGUCAACCAUAAUAUGUCACGUGCAGUGGCUUUAAACCUGAUAAAACACUCCUAAUUAGUAUUCUUUUAUUUCUUUAUAUAAAAAAUACUAAUAAGGCAGUAAUAAUGUAUCUAUUGAAUUUGUAGUCGUGUUUGAAGCCGUUUAAUAAACUCGCAGGUCCUGUUUUAUUAGGUCAAAAGCCACUCGCGCUGCGCGCUCGUGGCUUUAAACCUAAUAAAACACUCUUGCUCGUUUAUUAAACAGUACUUUAUCCGUUGGGGGACGAAAAAUAUUUAAAAAAUAGAACGAAAAAAUUCAACCAUGCAGUUCAGAGUUUCGAUGCUGGGAUUUAUAAGCGUUAAAAGAUUGGUUUGGUUGAGAUGGAUAUAGAAACGUCUUGGAGGCCGAAAGCUAAAGUCUUUGAAAUUACUUAUCCUGGGUUCCAGGGGGAAGAUUUCACAAAAACCUCAACGUACGUUCCAAAAUGGUAACCUCCACCAAAAUUUCUCUAUUAGUCCCAACCAGUCGAUUUUUAUUUGUUUAUCUUUGAAAAACUCAAUAAUUCAUGAGGAAAACACAAAGGAAAUCACUACGGUGUCGGUGGUUCAUAUAUGUGAUAAAAAAAUCAUGUUAAUUUGCAUAAACUUUAGCUUUGAUUUUCUUGGCUUAAGGCGGAUUUCCAGUCCUCGCACGAAGCUCGCUGCGAGUGCAUGCAUGAGCACUUUCAUCCAAUCACAAUGCUAAACAGUUAAUUUUAAUUAGAUGCAAGCAAUCGCAGCGAGGAGCUUCGUGCGAGGACUGGAAAUCCGCCUUUAGACAAUGUUUAUUUUUAAAAUUACUUCGUCAAUGAAUACCUCGGCAGUCGCCUCGUGUUUUAUGUCUGAUAAAGCACUCCUGCUCUUGUUUUUAAUAAUACUCAUUUUAAACAACCAAUUUAAUUUCAUAUAUUUAAUAUUUAUAGUUCACAAUGCAGAUCGAAAACAAACAGAAUCUAGUAGUGGAGAUGAAAGCGGUGCAUUGUUUGAUGAAAUUUCCAAUGCGGUUGAGUCAGAAAAUACAAGGAAAGAAGAAGACGACAACACAGUAUUCGAUACUUUAGAACUUUCAGAUAUGGAAAAUAUCAAAAACAGAGAAGAACUCUGA